AUGAUGAUCAUAAUGGUUCUGCUGCAGCUAUGUAUGUCCAAAGUAGUUGUCAUCGAUGAUCUCGGGGUUACUGAAAAGCGGGGCCAGGAUCCGGACAUGGCCAGAAAAGUUAUGAAUGUCCUUGGAGGAGCUAUAAAAAAUAGCAAAGAUACGGUGCUUCUUUCCAACAGCAAAGGAACAAAAAGAAUAGCUGGGGACAGCGAAAGUGGGCUUUCAAAGUACAAUGGUAUGGGUCAGGACGAGUCAAAGCCGUCUGAUAAAACAAAUGACGGUGAAAGCAAAAAGGAUGAUAGCGGAGGCCAUUCGAUGUCAGGCCUUCCAAAGCCAGAAUAUACUGGAAGGCCGAUACGGAAUCUGGCGGGCGAGGACAUGAUGCCAGAGAUAAAGAGAGGCUACCAGGAGGAUUCUUUACUGAAUCCACUACACAUUAGAAGCUUAUUUGGCGGGAACAAUCAGGAGAUGCUUGGUAAGAAUAUAUACGAAGGGUCUGGAAUGCAAAAUUAUGCUCCAAAGGACAUUUUGAUGGGAUAUAGAUCGGAUCAAAGCAAAUAUACCCCGUUUUCUCUUGGAGGCGGAGAUUCUUUUACAGAUGUUCCUAGAUAUGGCGGAGCACCACUAGAAGAUGGGAUGGGAUUUGGUAUCGCAGGGAAUGGCGGACCAUCUGACGAGUUGAGAGCAAAAAGAUCGUUUAUAGCUUUAAAGAUGGCACAGAGCAAACAGAAAGAGAGCAUUCUGCAAAAUAGUAUCGAUAAACUGUUGCAGGAUAUAGACCAAAUUGCCGAGAAGAUACAGGAUACACAGAAAAUGAAGGACGGAAUGAUGUCAAGGCUACAUACAAAGAAAAACCAUUUGAGGAACUUGCAAGCCAACAUAAAGGAAGUUGAGGUUCAAAGGCGCAGGACAUUGGCUCUAAUAAGACUAUCUAGAAACGAACUUUUAAAGCUCUCGAAGAUGAUGGAUGACCAAAGGUCAAAGCUCGCACUUCUUGAGGAUGAGGAAAAGAUAUUUUCGGACAGAAUAAAAAAAUAUGACGAAGAGUAUGACAUAGGCAACAGGGAGCUUCAGCUCGAUGAAACUCGGUCUCAGGAGAUAAAGAGAAAUAUAGAGGAACUAGAAAGGUUGUAUAAUGUUCUGAAGAUAAGGAACAACGAACUAUUGAACGAAAGAAACAAGGAAAGUGCGAUCCGAAACAGGUUAGAGCUAGAGACGGAAAGACUUGACAGAAACACUAUAGAUUUUAUUUAA